AUGGCGGUGGCACAAGAUAGCCCACCUCCGGCGGAAUCUCUGGGUGUUUUGGCUCACGGAGCCGAUCCGCCCACGACUCCGGCUCCGGACACUCCAACCAUGAGCAACGAGGAACUGGAACGCCUCGGCCGCCAACGCCCAGAGAUCCUCAAGUCGUGGCUGGUCGAGGUCAGCUUCGUGACGACUGUGGUCCUCUCGAUGAUGAUGAGCGAGUACUUCAUCAGCGGCUUCUUCAUCUGCCUCCCCGCCGUCGCCGUCUCCCUCGACAUGCCCGACUCGGUGCGCACCUGGCCCGCGGCCGUCAUCAACCUAACAACGGCCUGUCUCCUGCUACCCUUCUCCCGCCUCGCAGACAGGCACGGCUCCAAGGUCAUCUUCCUCUCCGGCCACGCCUGGCUCGUCGCCUGGUCCCUCGUCAGCGGCUUCAGCCGCAACUCCACCAUGCUCAUCGUCUGCCGAGCCAUGCAGGGCCUCGGCGUCGGCGCCUUCAUGCCCACGGGCAUCGCCCUGCUCGCCCGCGCCUACCGCCCCGGUCCGCGCAAGAACCUCGUCUUCAGCCUGUACGGCGCCUUCGCCUGCAUCGGCUUCUACGUGGGCAUCUUCUUCGGCGCCCUAUCGGCCGAGCUGCUCACCUGGCGCUGGUACUUCUGGCUCGGCUGCAUCAUGUGCGCCCUCGUCUUCCUCCUGGGCGCCUUCUCCAUCCCGCGCGGGCUGGGCGACACGGACCCCUCGGUCCAGAUGGACUGGUGGGGGGUGUGCACCAUCGUGCCCGGGCUCGUACUCGUCGUGUUCGCCUUCACCAACGGCUCCCACGCGCCCGACGGCUGGCGCACGCCCUACAUCUACGUCACCCUCAUCAUCGGGGCCCUGCUGCUCUGCGCGGCCGUCUACUGCCAGGGCUGGGUGUCGAAGCAGCCUCUGCUGCCGGCCGAGAUCUUCCGCCCCAAGUACAUGAAGCGAAUGCUGGGGGGCUUGUUCUGCCUGUAUGGUGUGUUUGGGCUGUUCCUCUUUUAUGUGAGCUUCUAUAUUGAGGAAGCCUUGCAUAUCGGACCACUGCUCGCCGCAGCGUGGUUCACCCCGCUCGCGGUGGGAGGGAUGUUCCUGGCCAUCUGCGGGGGUUUCCUGCUCCAUAUCCUACCGAACCGCAUACUCAUGAUCAUCUCCGAGCUCGGCUUCUUCCUCUCCGUGCUCCUCUUCGCCCUCAUCCCCAAGCGCUCCAGCGACGGGGAACCCUCCAUCUCGUUCCUGUACUGGGCCUACGUCUUCCCAGCCAUGAUCUGCGGGACGAUCGGCAUCGACAUCACCUUCAACGUGAGCAACGUCUUCAUCACGACCGCCAUGCCGCAGCGGCUGCAGUCGACGGCGGGCGGUCUUAUCAACAGCGUGCUGUACCUCGGGCUGGCGUUCUGGCUCGGCAUCGGCGAGAUGGCAGUCAGCACCGCGGUGCAGUACAAGGGCGCGGAGAAUGUCGACAAGGACCAGCAGUUCCGGAUAGGGUUCUGGACGGGGGUUGCCCUGGCGGCGUUGGCAUUCGUGUUGUUGAUUACCGUGAGGAUGGGCAAGGCGUCCGCUGCGCUGACGGCGGACGAGAAGGCAGAGUUGGAGACGGUCGAGACGAUCGACAGAGGGCAGGAUGGCGGAGAAAAGGCGACACGAGGCCCGGUGGCCCAGCCGGUGUAA